AUGGCAGCCCUCGGGAGCUGGGCUCUAUGGAGCUUCUGCAGCCGUGGGUGGUCGCGGGCAGUGUCGGGCUGCAGGCUCCCCGGGCUUCGUAGCUCCUCGCCCAGGGGCCCCCUGGGUGCACGGCUCUUGUCCCAAGAGAAGCAGGCAACCGAAACGCACUUCGGGUUUGAGACUGUGUCGGAAGAGGAGAAGGGGGGCAAAGUCUAUCAGGUGUUUGAAAGUGUGGCCAAGAAGUAUGAUGUGAUGAAUGAUAUGAUGAGUCUUGGUAUCCAUCGAGUUUGGAAGGAUUUGCUGCUCUGGAAGAUGCGCCCGUUUCCUGGGACCCAGCUGCUGGAUGUUGCUGGAGGCACAGGUGACAUUGCAUUCCGGUUCCUUAAUUAUGUUCAGGCGCAGCAUCAGAGAAAGCAGAAGAAGCAGUUAAGGGCCCAACAAAAUUUAUCCUGGGAAGAAAUUGCCAGAAAGUACCAGAAUGAAGAGGAUUCCUUGGGUGGUUCUCGUGUCAUGGUCUGUGACAUCAACAAGGAAAUGCUAAAGAUUGGAAAACAGAAAGCCCAUGCUCAAGGAUACAAAGCUGGACUUGCCUGGAUAUUGGGAGAUGCAGAAGAACUGCCCUUCGACGAUGACAAGUUUGAUGUUUACACCAUUGCCUUCGGGAUCCGGAAUGUCACACACAUUGAUCAGGCACUACAGGAAGCCCAUCGGGUCCUGAAACCAGGAGGAAGGUUUCUCUGUCUGGAGUUCAGCCAAGUAAACAAUCCCCUUGUAUCCAGGCUCUAUGAUGUAUAUAGCUUCCAGGUCAUUCCUGUCCUGGGAGAACUCAUUGCAGGAGAUUGGAAGUCCUACCAGUACCUUGUGGAGAGUAUCCGGCAGUUCCCGUCUCAGGAGGAAUUCAAGGAGAUGAUAGAAGAUGCAGGUUUUCAGAAGGUGACUUAUGAAAAUCUCACAUCAGGCAUUGUAGCCAUUCAUUCUGGUUUCAAACUGUAA